AUGACUCUGAAGGAAUGUUCACCAGCUCGAUACCGCGGUCUUCUCCUAGGCGGUUUCCAAUUCUGGACUUCUCUCGGUUCACUCCUCGGCACGAUCAUCGACAACUUCACUGCAAAGAUAAACGGGAAGAACAGUUAUCUAAUUCCACUAGGCUUGAUAUUCGUUAUUCCUGCUUUUCUGUGUGGUGGUAUGCUAUUGAUCCCGGAGUCCCCACGAUGGCUACUACAACAGGACAAAGCCGAAGAAGCUCGCAAGGCAUUGAUUUGGUUGAGACCAGACCAAGAGGCGGCAGAGAAGGAAAUGAAUGAUAUACAGCAUGCUAUUGAUACGGAACGCGACCUGGCUAGAGGCAUAUCAGUAUGGGAUAUGUUCACGAAUCCUGUUGAUCGGCGACGGACGAUUCUGGCCGCUGCUGCUGUGGCAACGCAGGCUGCUUCCGGGGCUAUGUAUAUAAUAGCGUAUGGAACUUACUUCUUUGAGAUGGCCAAUGUCGGCAACGCAUUCGAGAACAGCUGCAUACUGAGUGCAGUUGGGGUUGUAGCUAUCUUGAUCAACAUUGCACUCGUGACACAUGUUGGUCGUCGCCGAGUAUUCCUCACAAGUGGACUGUUGAUUUGUGGCUUCAGUCAGCUUAUCGUUGCCGCAGUUUAUACUGUUCAUCCUGGUACUGAGUCCACAGGAAGAGCUAUAGUUGGGUUAUCUGUGGUUUUUAUCGUCGGAUUCAACGGAAUGAUUUCGACUUAUGCAUGGGUAUCUGGUGGGGAGUUGCCGUCACAAAGACUUCGUUCAUACACGUUUGGCUUCGCAUCUGCCAUUGGGUUUUUGGGUGCUUGGUUGACCACGUUCACUGCACCUUACUUUAUCAACCCCGACUCUUUGAACUGGGGUCCGAAAUAUGGCUACAUAUGGUUCCCUUCCUGCAUCAUAGCGGCAGGCUUCAUCUUUUUCUUCCUUCCGGAAGUGAAAGGACGGACCUUAGAAGAAAUUGACGAGAUGUUUGAGAACCGACUUCCUGCAAGAAAGUUCUCCUCUUACAAAUGUGUUGGUCGUGUUGUACACGAAGAUCGACAAGAGCCGACAACCCCGAUUGAGGAUUCGGAUGAUAUGAUCUCUGGCAGCUCAGAGAAAAUCACUGCGCGUGUCACUGAGAGCAAGGUCCAGUAG